AUGCUAAUCCCUCCUCUUUGUCUUGUCUUCUUCCUCUUGAUCUCCUCCGUUUGUUUAUUACAGAUCAAAGCUGAUGAGCGAAACGAAAGCAGCUUGGGAGAUCAUAUCAAAGUAGACCCGAAACUCAAGUUCGAGAAUCCUAAGCUAAUCGAAGCCUACAUUGCUCUCCAAUCAUGGAAACAAACAAUCUUCUCUGAUCCUUUCAACUUCACAGCCAACUGGAACGGCUCAGAUGUUUGCUCCUACAAUGGAAUCUACUGUGCUCCUUCUCCCGGUUCCAACCCUGAAACCAGAGUCGUUGCAGGCAUUGACCUCAACCACGCAGACAUGGCUGGUUACUUGCCUGCCGAGCUUGGUCUCCUCUGUGAUCUCGCUCUCUUCCACCUCAACUCAAACCGUUUCUGCGGUGAAGUUCCUCUCACGUUCAACCGCAUGAAGCUUCUCCACGAGCUUGAUCUUAGCAACAACAGAUUCGUUGGGAAGUUCCCUAACGUUGUCCUCUCUUUACCUUCCCUCAAGUUCUUGGAUCUCCGCUUUAACGACUUUGAAGGCAUGAUCCCUUCAGAGCUAUUCGACAGAGAGCUUGACGCUAUAUUUUUAAACCAUAACAGGUUUCGGUUUGGGAUUCCCGACAACAUGGGGAACUCUCCCGUCUCAGCUCUGGUUCUUGCAGACAACGAUCUUGGAGGAUGCAUACCGGGAAGUAUCGGUCAAAUGGGGAAAACACUCAACGAGCUUAUCCUCUCAAACAAUAACUUAACCGGUUGUUUACCUCCUCAGAUAGGAAACCUCGAGAACGUGACGGUUUUUGACAUCAGCUCAAACACUUUACGUGGUGUGUUACCUUCUAGUAUUGGCAACAUGAAGAGCUUAGAAGAGCUUCACGUGGCUAAUAAUGGCUUCUCGGGACUUAUUCCUCCAAGUAUCUGCCAGCUUCCUAACCUUGAGAACUUCACUUACGCUUCCAACUUCUUCACCGGUCGUGCUCCUAUAUGUGCAGCUCUAUCUUUAGCCGAGGCAAUGGUGAACGGCUCCAUGAACUGUAUUGAUGGUAUGGCUAGUCAAAGAUCGGUUGAAGAGUGUUUAUCUAUGUUAGCUCGUUCUGUUGAUUGCAGUAAGUUUGGAUGUUUUAACAUCUUCUCUCCACCACCACCGAUGUUUAAGAUGUCACCCACUGUUCGGAUGCUUCCUCCACCAAUUUACGUUUACACUUCGCCUCCUCCACCGCCCUAUGUAUACUCAUCUCCUCCACCUCCAAGUCCACCACCGCCUGUUGUAUACUACGCACCCGUGACACAAAGCCCGCCACCACCAUUACCGGUAUACUAUGCACCAAAAACACAAAGCCCUCCACCGCCAUCACAAGUAUACUAUCCACCUGUAACACAAAGUCCACCACCACCAGCCGUAUACUAUCCACCGGAAACACAAAGUCCUCCACCACCGUCACCGGUUUACUAUCCGUGGGAAACACCAAGUCCUCCAACACCAACACAGGUAUACUAUCCACCGGAAACAAAAAGUUCACCACCACCACCGUCACCAGUUUACUAUCCAUCAGAAACACCAAGUCCUCCACCACCAACACUGGUUUACUAUCCAUCAGAAACACCAAGUCCUCCACCACCAACACCCGUUUACUAUCCAUCAGAAACACCAAUUCCUCCACCACCAACACCUGUAUACUAUCCAUCAGAAACAUCAAGUCCUCCACCACCAACUGAGUACUACUAUUCACCAAGUCAAUCUCCGCCUCCAGAAAAGGGUUGUAACGACGGUCAUUCUCCACCAGCAUCACCAAGUUACGAACCAGCUCCUGAAUAUUCUUACACAGUACCACCUCCUCCUUCCUACCCUGACACGUCUCUUCCACCGAUGCCAAGUGACUCGUAUGCUUCCUCUCCACCUCCUUACUACUAGUUUCAAACCAUUGAUAGAGAAAAAAAUGCAUUGCAUUAUGAUUAACGACUACUCACAGAUACAUUCUUUUGGCUGCGAGAGUUUAGUUUGUGUGUAUGGUUGAUACUCAAGUUGUUAUUUUUCCAUGAUUUUCUUCUUUGUGGAUAUUUUGUUCUUUUCCCCUAACACAUCAUGGAGUACAGUACAUAGUUUUUUGUAUGUCUGUUACCAUCUUAUAAUGUAUUUCUCGUUAUUACAAUGUCGUAUAAAU